AUGGCUCCUCAUCGGUUGCUUCUGCUGGGCGCUCUGCCCUUGGCUCUGGCUCUCCCCCGCGCCAGCUUUCCUCGUGCGCCUGGCAAUUCCUCUAGCAGUGCCGCACCUUCCCAUGUGACUCCAGCGCCUGUUGUCCCUUAUUCCUCAAGCCAAGCCCAUACCUCCUUUGCUGGGACACCGACAACCACUGGAGCCUUGAGCGAAACGCCUAUCGGCCCUGGGGCCUCUUCCUUGCCCGCCAACCCAGCAGCUACCACGUAUCCCAGUGAUGGAGAGCUCCAUAGCCCCGAGCCUGGUCCCUAUACCCCUGCAGGGGGGGUUGGGACGAACGGGACAACCCCGGUGUACCGCCCCCAGAGUGAUUUUGACUACGAAUCUCUGGCCCUCGCGCUGUAUCAGGAAUACAUCGAGCUCGAUCUCUUCCACGAUGGACUGGCUCGCUUCAGUGCGCAGGACUUCGAAGCAGCUGGCCUGACGGCGGAAGAUCGGUCUCUGAUCGAGUUCAUGGCAGAUCAGGAAGUCGGCCAUGCGACGAUGUUGACCAACAUCCUGGGCGCCGAAGCCCCCAGGCAGUGCAGCUACGUGUACCCCUACACCACGGUCCACGAGUUCUUGGACUUCUGCCAGAAGCUUACUCGCUUUGGCGAGUCGGGUGUCUACGGAUUCCUGCCCCAUUUGGACUCUCGCGAAUCAGCGGCGCUUCUCACGCUGUCCAUCACGACGGAAGCUCGCCAGCAGAUGAUCUUCCGGCAGUUUGAAGGUCUCUUCCCCAUGCCAGUGUGGUUCGAGGCGGGCGUCCCACAGUCCUGGGCGUGGACGCUUCUUGCCCCGUACAUCAGCUCCUGCCCCGAGGAUCAGACCCGGCUGGCGUGGCAGAACUUCCCGGCCCUGUCCAUCCUCAACCAGCCCAACCCGGUCCGGAUCAACGGCUCUGCUGCUUGGAACGAGACCGUCUCCAGCGGGACGAACGUGCUGAACAGUACGGCCGUUCCCAGCUCGCAGUCCUGCCUCUCGUCCAACACCACUGGAAUCGACUGCUCGCCCGCGAUCACGCACAACCGCACCAACCCGCUGUCGUACCCGGGCCGGGAGGUGCAGCUGUCUUGGGAGGUUCCCGGAAAGGCCGUUGGGCCCAACAACAGCUAUGUGACCUCGACGAGUGCGGGCCGCCCCAAGUAUGUGGCGUGGGUGACGCAGCUGAAUGUGACCUACUCCGAGCUGACGCUCAAUGGGUCGCAGUCUGGGUCCACGAUCCAGCCUGAUGUCGCGACGUAUGCCGGCGACCCGGCCAUCAACGGCACCAUGUUCAUUGCCAUUCUGGACACGGACCUCUACGUGACCCCGUUCAACAUCACGAUGCUGAACCCGCACGUGGUUGCAGGCCCGGCUCUCUACCAGUCUGGCUGA